UAAAAAAAUAAAUAAUAAAUAAAAAUUCAAAUUAAUCUAUGAAGGUCAGGGGUAGAAUGGGAAUUAUACAAAAUUCAAAUCACUGUUCUAUAAAUUCCCCGCCUUCCCCCUCUUCCCAUUUCGUAUCUCUCGCGCUCUUCUCAUCUUCUCCUCUCGAAUUCGGGAUCUAGGGUUAGGGUUCGUGCGAGAAACUCUCAUGAGGUUGAAGAUCAACAAGGCUUGCGAUCUCAGCUCCAUCUCUGUUCUCCCCCCUCCAUCUAGGAGGGCGAGUGGAUUGGGCUUAGGAUCGGAUCCAUCGGGAUUGGGGAAAAUCCAGGGGUAUCAACUCCGAUCCCAAUCGCAGCAGUCGUUCUCGCAGGGAAUGUCCUUCUCCCAGUUCUCACAGAGUUCCUUGGAGGAGAAUCCUGCCAGCGAUCAGAGACUUGGCUCUCAAGAAAGAGAUAAUUCAUCGAAGAAGUCACUGGUUCCCAUUGCAUCCAUGAGGGAAGAGCCUCCAAUCCAGCUAUCAAGGACAUCUACCAAUGCUCUACGCAGAUGGAGUUCAGCUUCUAUUCCUGACAACAGAAGUCUGGUUAAUGAAGAACUUGAACACAGAUUUCAAAUCAUAGAAGGCUCUUUAAAUAGGUUGGGGAUGAUCCUUGACUCUGUACAGAGUGAUGUAAUGCAAGCGAACAGAGCUGUGAAAGAAGUUUCACUGGAAACGGAAGUUAUUCGGCAAAAGAUAAGUCUUGUUGAAAACUCAAUGCAGAAAAUGCUGAGGGCAGAAGAAGAUAUCAAAGAUUUUCUUGAAGGAAGACUGAAAGCUAUUCCUGUUCAGAUGGAUAAGGAAUCUGAUCGUAGCAAAUUAAAUGAAAUUUUAUCCUCUCUUUCGGCCUUACCGCAGCAGAUUCAAACGAAUCUAUUUAAACUACAACAUGAAAUUUGCAAUGUCUUCUCAAAAGAAACACAGGUAAUAGUGAGCAACAUGAAGUCACUCAAUAAUAAUCAUCUUGGUGCUGUUCGGUUAGCUGAGAAUCCGGGCUUUUUAGCCAUCAAACAAUCUCAAAGAUGCCGGAUGCAAACAAUUGGCACUAGUCCAACUAUUCCUCCAAAGAAUCAAAGGGGAUCUUCAGAUCAGGUAGCGUGCGUGAAAACACUGAAACCAAAGUUGACCAAUUCUAAGCAUAAUGGCCCACUCAAACAGGAAGAGAUAUUUAGCGGACCUCAGGAGCAGGUCUUUAGAAUGGACAUUGAAUCUGAUGAUGAGAGUGAUAGAGAUGCUUGCCUUCUCUUGAAAAAAGAAACAGGCAGAGAAAGUUAUUUGAUAGAUGAGGCAAGGGAAGAGACUAUGAGGAUUUUAAGAAGAGCAAGGAAGAGAAGAAGAAGGCAAAAUAAUACCGUAAUUAUAGUUUGAAGGUAUGCUGUCAUUUUUCAAGUAACAUGCUAAAAUUUCUCUUUUUUGCUACAUAACUUGUAAAAACUGAUAGCCUGUUUACUCCAUGAACUUGUUUACUUUUCUGAUGCCAUGAUCCAAACCUUCUUUUUCUUGGUUAGUGGACUGUUAAUAAUUCCAUUCCCCACCAAUUGAGGUACAUGAUUUAUUUGGAUAGAUGUAAUAAUAUUCAACAUGAUGAAUUGAGUUGCCCAAUCAAACAUGAAGGCAAAGUCCAUGUACCUCAAUUGGUA